CCGAGAAUCAAUUAUCUAUUCACCAAGUAUCGUACAUAAGAGAAUUCUACUUUGGAUAAUGUCUGGCAAUAAUCUCAUGGACAUCGAGCCUGGUGGUGAGAAUACGCAGUAUGAAUCUAUCCGGUUGUUUACGGAGACACCGGCGAAGCAGACGGGGCAGUUGGGUGGACACUCCCAACAUACCGUCAGCGAGAUGAGAACAACACUUGACGACGACCGGAACGGAAACGAGGAGCAGUACAGGGAUACGCCCCUGGCACGACAGCUGGAGAAGGGCGAGCGUACGACAGGUCUUACGGGAAUCACAGAUAUAGACCUGAAGCCCGAAACCCCAGAAGAGGGUGCUGCGCUGGCGGCGAAAAUCAGGAGAGAACAAGGGUAUGGACCUGGUUCGGGCGUCGGGGCUUAA